AUGGAAACGAGAACAGUUAGCUUUUUGUACAAAGUAGCAAAGCUAUUUAAUGGGGUUGAGACCACUCCCUUAGUGCUGAGCUGGGGCUUUUGACUCGGCUCUUUGCCAGGGAAGGCUUUAAAAGGAUCGAGGUGCAUGCCAGGUUGCAUCUUCUCAUCAGGACUACCCAAGAGUAAUUGAACUGAGUCAAGAUGAGUCACCACUGUACCAAAUUCUCUGGCCACUGGAAGAUAAUUGUGUAUGAUGAGGAGUGUUUCCAGGGUCGCCAUCAUGAGUUCACCUCUGAGUGUUGGAAUGUUAUGGAUUUUGGCUUUGAAAGUGUUCGCUCACUAAGGGUAGAAAGUGGCGCGUGGGUGGGCUAUGAGCACCCCUCUUUUCAGGGCCAGCAGUUUGUGCUGGAGCGUGGUGAAUACCCCCAGUGUGAUGCCUUUGGAGGAAGUAACUCUUACCAUACUGAGAGGAUGACUUCUUUUAGACCAAUCUCCUGUGUCAACCACAGGGAGAGCAGGAUGACAAUUUAUGAGAGAGAGAACUACUUGGGUCGCAAGGGCGAGCUUAGUGAUGACUACCCAUCACUGCAGGCCAUGGGUUGGUACAACAAUGAAGUGGGUUCCAUGCGUAUCCACUCUGGAGCGUUUGUGUGUUACCAGUACCCUGGUUACCGUGGAUAUCAAUACAUAAUGGAGUGUGACCACCAUGCAGGCGAGUACAAACACUUCAGAGAGUUUGGUUCCCACUGUCAAACUCCUCAGAUCCAGUCCAUCCGCCGCAUUCAGCAGUAACCUAGCCACUUUUUGCAUACCAAACCCUUAACAUGCCUACCAUCUAUUAACCUGUGCUGAAUAAACUGUCUUUCUUAAGGUUUAAUGA